CAAUGCUUUCUCUUUGAGCAACAGGCUCUUCCUCCCUGUCUCCAGAGCUCUUGUCCUUUCACAAUGUGGCUCUGUGCCCUGGUCUGGGCUUCUCUCGGCACAGUUUGGGGGCACCCGUCCUCACCACCUGUGGUGGACACUGUUCAUGGCAAAGUCCUGGGGAAGUAUGUCAGCUUAGAAGGAUUCACACAGCCUGUGGCCGUCUUCCUGGGAGUCCCCUUUGCCAAGCCUCCUCUUGGAUCCCUGAGGUUUGCUCCUCCACAGCCUGCAGAGCCCUGGAGCUUCGUGAAGAAUGCCACCUCCUACCCUCCUAUGUGCUCCCAGGAUGCAGUUGGAGGUCAGGUGCUCUCAGAGCUCUUCACCAACAGAAAGGAGAGCAUUCCUCUCAAGUUUUCUGAAGACUGUCUCUACCUGAAUAUUUACACUCCUGCCGACUUGACAAAGAGCAACCGAUUGCCUGUGAUGGUGUGGAUCCAUGGAGGUGGGCUGAUGAUGGGAGGAGCAUCGACCUAUGAUGGACUAGCUCUCUCUGCCCAUGAAGGUGUGGUGGUGGUAACGAUUCAAUAUCGCCUGGGUAUUUGGGGAUUACUCAGCACAGGAGAUGAACACAGCUCUGGGAACUGUCAUUUGGACCAGGUGGCUGCACUACGCUGGGUCCAGGACAACAUCGCCAACUUUGGAGGAGAUCCAGGCUCUGUGACCAUCUUUGGAGAGUCAGCAGGAGGUGCAAGUGUCUCUGUUCUUGUGUUGUCUCCUCUGGCCAAGAACCUCUUCCACAGAGCUAUUUCUGAGAGUGGUGUGGUCCUCAUUGCAGGCAUGGUCAAGAAGAACACUAAGUCUGUGACUGAACUAAUUGCUACUAUUUUGGGGUGUAAAACCACCACAUCAGCUGUCAUGGUUCACUGCCUGCGCCAGAAGAUGGAGAAUGAGCUCUCGGAGGUCGCACUGAAAUUGAAUCCUUUUGACCUGGAUGAGAAUGGAGACCCCAAAGAGGACAAUACCUCCCUGUGCACUGUGAUUGAUGGAGUGUUGCUGCCAAAGGCACCAGAAGAGAUCCUGGCUGAGAAGAGCUUCAACACUGUGCCCUACAUGGUGGGCAUCAACAAGCAGGAGUUUGGCUGGCUUGUUCCAAUGAUGAUGGGAGAUCUGUUCUCUGAAGACAAAAUGGAUGAGGAAAUGGCCAGUUCCCUCUUGUGGAAGUUCCACUCUGCCCUUAACAUCUCUGAGAAUACGAUUGCAGCAGCCACUGAGACGUAUUUAGGACGAACAGACGACCCUGUCAAAAAGAAAGGCCUUCUCCUGGACUUGUUUGGAGAUGUAUUUAUUGGUAUCCCAUCUGUUCUCAUGUCCCGUGGCCUCAGAGAUGCCGGAGUUCCUACUUACAUGUAUGAGUUUCAAUAUCGCCCAAGCUUCGUAUCUGACAAAAGACCCAAGACUGUGAUAGGAGAUCAUGGUGAUGAAAUCUUCUCUGUAUUUGGGGCUCCAUUUUUAAAAGAGGGCGCCUCAGAGGAGGAGACCAACCUCAGCAAGAUGGUGAUGAAAUACUGGGCCAACUUUGCUCGCAGUGGGAACCCCAAUGGGAAGGGGCUGCCACACUGGCCAGAGUAUGACCAGAAGGAAGGGUACCUACAGAUCGGAGCCACCACCCAGCAGGCCCAGAGACUGAAAGGGGAGGAAGUGGCUUUCUGGACUGAGCUCCUGGCUAAGAAGCCACCUCAGACAGAACACACUGAGCUGUGAAUGGGAGUCUCUGGCAGCCUCAGGACCAGAGGAGCCAAGAUGGGGCUAUUCCACAAAAGAUGUUGCUCACGAAAGAUGGAUCUUACAGAGGAAACUGCAGGAUUGGAUGGUGGGGAUGGACAGGGGCCAAGGAAGGGGAAUAUUUGUACCUCAAUUUAGAAAAUAAAUUUUCUUUUGGAAGUCAAA